AUGUUACCUCCCCCUUCCACCCCAUUGGAGACCACUUGCCCCAUCUACAUCAUCACCGAGUACUGCAUCUAUGGCAACCUGAUGGACAACCUGCAUCCAACCCAUAGCUUGCACCCCUAUAUCAUCCCCCUGCCUGACCCCAAAACAGAGGCUGCUGAUGAGGGUCUGCUGGAGGGUUCCCCCAGCCUCGCCAGCUCCACCCUGAAUGAAGCCAACACCUCCUCUACCAUCUCCUGUGACAGUCCUCUCGACCCCCAGGAAGAACCAGAGCCAGAACCCCUGCCCCAGCCCCAGGGGGACUCCCAGAUGGAGCUGGAGCCACCAAUGGAUGCAGGCUGCCCUGGGCCUCGGGCCGAAGCAGAGGACAGCUUUCUGUAGGGGCUGGACCCCACUCUGUGCCACGAGAAGCUCCCCUUCUGCCACCAGGCCACAGCCCCCGGGCCUGGCAUCCUGUGAGCCAUGCUGCUCCUGCCAGCUGUCCCAUGUGGAAGGCUUCUGUCCCUGCCACACUGCUCCCCAAGCCCUGGGGCUGGCUCAGGAGGCCAGAGAACUGCAGGACCAUGCCCAGCCUCUGCCUCAGGGAGGCCAUGUGACUGAGCCAAGGUCCCUCCCAGGGGACCCAGUUUCCCAGUGCACAAGAUGAGACAUUGAACUUGGUAGUUCACAGUCCACCUGGG